GAGCUGGCCUGGAUUCUGACCUAUGCUAAAGCCCAUGUAAGCACUUAACUGUCAUGCACAUGUUGCACCAAAUACAUAAUUGCUGAAUGUAUAAAUGAAUGACUGAAUUUUAUGGGUAAAAGUUGUUUUUUUCAAUGAAAAAGUCAUCUAGAAGAGGCAGUUCCUUCAAAUAGGCCUACAGUUGGGUGAAGUCUGUCAAGUGCCUGUCUCCAUAAUUGCAUUUAGCAAGAUUCCCAGUGUUCAUCAGGUAUUAGUGGGUAGAUUUACACUCUUCAAACUUAUUUUUAAGUCUGACAUGUUCCAUUAUUAAGUUACAGGGCGUGGGGACCUGUCAUCUGCUUAACCCUGCCACUGGGCAGUUCUACCAUGGAGACCAAAUCAGAAAUCAGAGGGUAUUGCUGGAUGCUGUGCCAAAACAACAGUUGCUCCUUUGGAUCGAGUGAAGGUUUUAUUACAAGCUCACAAUCACCAUUACAAACAUUUAGGAGUAUUUUCUACAUUGUGUGCUGUUCCCCAAAAGGAGGGAUACCUUGGAUUGUAUAAAGGGAAUGGUGCAAUGAUGAUUCGAAUCUUUCCCUAUGGUGCAAUCCAGUUUAUGGCAUUUGAGCAUUAUAAAACGUUAAUCACCACAAAGCUGGGAAUUUCUGGUCAUGUGCACAGAUUAAUGGCUGGAUCCAUGGCAGGUAUGACAGCAGUUAUCUGUACUUACCCUCUUGACAUGGUUAGAGUACGCCUAGCAUUCCAGGUGAAAGGGGAACACACUUACACAGGAAUUAUUCAUGCAUUCAGAACAAUUUAUGCAAAGGAAGGCGGUUUCCUUGGAUUUUACAGAGGCCUGAUGCCUACUAUAUUAGGAAUGGCUCCAUAUGCAGGUGUUUCAUUUUUUACUUUUGGUACCUUAAAGAGUGUUGGGCUUUCCUAUGCUCCUACCCUUCUUGGAAGACCUUCAUCAGACAAUCCUAAUGUCUUAGUUUUGAAAACCCACAUAAACUUACUUUGUGGUGGUGUCGCUGGAGCAAUAGCACAGACAAUAUCCUACCCAUUUGAUGUAACUCGUCGACGAAUGCAAUUAGGGACUGUUCUUCCAGAAUUUGAAAAGUGCCUUACCAUGUGGGAGACUAUGAAGUACGUCUAUGGACAACAUGGAAUUCGGAAAGGAUUAUAUCGUGGUUUAUCUCUUAACUACAUUCGCUGCAUUCCCUCUCAAGCAGUGGCAUUUACAACAUAUGAACUUAUGAAGCAGUUUUUUCACCUCAACUAAAAAAAAUUGUGAUUUAUUUUCCUUCAUAAACCUUCCGAGGGAAAAAUAAAAUAUUACUUUGAUUUUGGGGGAGCAUUACUUGAAGGGGCUAUUUGUCCUAUCACAGGAAACACUGGUAUUUUAGUACUUGAUUUUUUUAUUCUUAAGAAAUCAAAAGUGCUUACUAUGCUUUUUGAUGCAAAAAGUUAUACCUUAGAACACUGAAAAAAAUCCCUAAGCUGAUGCUGGGUAAUCAUUUAGAUUAUCUGAAACCAUUUUUUUUUAAAUAUGUUCCUUGGAAGUAGAACUGAUUUAAAAUGGGAUUCAAGAUGUUACCAUUAGCUUUAUCAUGCUGUUCCAAGCUUUUAAUUGUAAUUAUGGUUUUCAAAGACUCUAACAUUAGUUAUUAUUGUAAUGAACAGGCUUGGUUGUAUUACAGCAGAAUGAUGAAAACUGAAUUUUUUAAUUACAUAAAACAUAGCUUAGAGGCCUGUAUGAAGAUGAUUCUUAUUAUCUCUCUUCUCUUAAUUCUGCUUCACUGGAUAAUAGGACAAACCUUUUCAUUUCAUUUUUUUAAAUAAAAUAAAUGUUGUAUUUGAAAAUUAGCCUUGUAGAUACUCAACAAUAAGUAAAGAAUUUUCAGGUUUGCUUAAAUGUUAUCACUUGGUUCUAUGACUGAUUAAAUUAAAUGUGUUUUUAAAAGUCAUUGUAUUUCCCAAAGUCAGUAAUAAGAAGUACUGAAUAUCUUUGUUUUCAAAACAGAUUAGCAUUAUAGAUUUGCUUUUGUUAGGUGAUUUGGUAUAUGCUAGAAAAAUGUAUCUACAUGGAUUGUAAAAUAUCCAUUAAUAUAGAUGUGAAUGUCAAAUAUUUCUAAGGUAUUGUGUCAUGAUACAUCAACUAGUUCUUCCAUAUAAAAUAAUUCUAGUGCAUAUAAACUUAAAUAGAAAUGUAAAACAUGAUUUGAAUUGCUGUCUUUCAUACUAAAAUGGUUUAAAAUGUAAGAAUUCCAUUUAUUAUGUUAAGGGUACUCUUUAUAUUUGAUUAUAAGCAUGACAGAAUGGGAGAGGAAUAAUUUUAGUUGGCCUCAGAAACAUAGAUUUCUAGUGACAUGAUUUUUUUGGGGGGGCCAAUGCAAACAUUUAAUUGCUUUAACUUUAUAAUAUAUUUUUUUAAGUUGAGGCAUAGUUAUUGACAUUUAAUAUUAUAUUUUAGUUUCAUGUGUACAGUGUAAUGAUUCCAUAUUUAUAUACACUGCAAAAUGUUCACCACAAUAAGUCUAGUUAACAUCUGAGUUGCUAUGAUAUUGCAGAUAUUAGAAAACUAAGUUAAAAGUGUUAUUUCUGUUUCAAUUUUUACUUUUUUGCACAAAAAAUUUUUUGUCAUACCUUGGUAAAAAUUAGAUGAACUGGUUUCAUUUUCAAAGUCUUUAUUCUAAAAUAAGUAUGUAUCUUUGUAUGAUUUAUAAGUGUAUCCACAGGUAGAAAUACAUGUGUUCAUAAAACUGUUUUGUAUAUUAUCAUUUCUGGCCUACACUGUAGCUAAAUAUUGUUAUCGAAUCUCAAGAUAAUUUAAAUGUAUAAAAUAAGUAUCUCAGUUAUGGUAUCAUUAAAAGAGAAUUGUGAGUA